UCAUCGUGUUUCCUACUUUGCUUAAUUUUACAUUUGGCUGCUUCACAAGAUUUAAAGGCGUAGGCCAGUUAAGCACCGAUAUAAGAGGGUCCUCUUGACUUUGGUUGUGUCCAGUGCCAGUCAUUCCCUCACGGAAGUCACUUUGUGCGUCCCGGCAAAUAACAGUUUUUUUCGGCUCCGGAGUCGAUCUACAUAAUCGAGAUAACAGAAGACGCAUGGCACUAUUUAGAGAGAUCUCUUGCUUCGCUUUUCUCGUUCUGGGAUUUAUUUUCGAGGCAGCUGGGGAAGACCAUCCAUGCGACGGAAUCAUCGGUGAUACUAAUAACUGGAUUAGAUCAGCGAGGAGGACGAACGUGGUUGUGAUAGGUGGUGGCGCUGCUGGUCUCACGGCUGCUAAAACCCUCAUACAGAAUCAAGCGGGCGAUGUUCUCCUCUUAGAGGCUCAGGACUAUUUGGGAGGACGCGUCAAGACUAUCAGAGAAGGACCACUCCUGGUGGAGGAGGGCGCAGGAUGGAUAAGCGGAGGGUCGGCCAAUCCUCUCUUCAACCUGGCCAAGAGACUGGGCGGGAUGAACAGCCCCGUCAGGAAGGAAUCCUAUGACUGGAGGGCGAAGACAUCCAAUGGCCGAAACGCUGACCCGAGCGGCUUCGACGUCGCUGCUUCCCUCAUGGAGGAGUGCGAUGUGGACCCGGCACUUGUUCCGUAUCACAGCACAGGAUACGGACGCUGCUUCUUAGACAAGUUCCCUGUACGAUAUUUCGCAGCUCCAAGUGAAAAAGAGGCUUGGCUUCAUUACCUGCAUAUGUGGGUGAACAAAGAGGCUGGAACCAACGACUGGAUGGAUAAAUCCGCCCGCGAUGCCGACCAUUUCACUGAAUGGGACAUGGCAGACCUGAGGCCCUGGAGAAGAGGCUUCGACACUUUCAUCCAGUACCUCAGGCAAGAAAUCCCCGCAUCCCAAAUCAAGACGUCUUCGCCCGUGUGCAAGGUCUUCUGGGAUUUAGACGACGCAGAGGGAAGCGUCUUGUUGGUGACGUCAGCCAGGGAGGCUUACCUAGCCGAUUACGUCGUCAUCACGACGUCCGUCGGUCACCUCAAAGAGAGACACAGGAGCAUGUUCGAGCCGGCUCUUCCUUCGGAGUACCUGGAUACUUUAAAUGGUGUUGAACUGGGUGUGACGGACAAAAUUCUGAUUGGGUGGAACGAACCCUGGUGGGGAAAGAGGCCACUUGACCUUCACAUUAUCUUCCAGGAUUUCAACCUCCCUUCGGAGGAGUCGUGGCUGUACAGCAUCAUGGAGUUUGUCAGCACCCAGAGACACGACAACGUCUUACAAGCCGUCGUUACCGGCGAGUCGGCCAAGUUGAUGGAGAACUUACCGGAGGAAGAGGUCAAGAACCAGGUCGUGCGGCACCUCAAGAGGGUCACGGGUCAAAAUGUUCCUCCUCCGUCCUUCUUCAGGAGGUAAGAAUUGUCUUACUUGUCCGCCUUCUCAGGAGCGUUUCUGAUU